CUCGUACGGUACAUCGGUAUAAUCGGUCUUCUCUUCGGCGAGUCGCGGCUCUUUUUCUACACAUCGCGUCUUUUCUCUCGUUCAAGAGGAGUCUCGUGAAAUGUAGGUUCGCAAGCGUUUCCUCUUUGUUUGCUGGACUCGAUAACGAGCACAGCCAACGUGGAAAACUGUCCGGGCAUAUGCGUCCACGCGAUCACGACGUUCAUGUGCGGCGAGGUGCUGGAGGACGUGCAAUGUCCGCAGUCGAGUAUGCGCUGCUGCGUGGAAUCGAGCUCCAACUCGACGGCCACGUCGUCCAACGAGAUCACCGACUAUGAGAGCGAGUCGCCCAGCACGAGUAGUCGGCCCAAAAAACCCGAGCGGACAACGCAGGCGAGCACCGUCCUAACGAGCAUCGUAACCGCCGUCGCGAGUACCACUCAGAGAACCACGACGACGAGUACGACUCAGCGUACCACAACGAGCACCGCCACCAGCACGAAGAGCUCCACGGAAGAGAAGAACAAGGACGAGGCUAGCAAGGCGGCCCCCAAAGAUUGCCCAGGCAUCUGCAUGGCCGAGCGAAUCGCAGCUUACUGCGAGGCGGUAUACAACGUCACUUCGCUCUGCAAGUCGGGCCACAAGUGCUGCGUGACGCGCGACCUUUUCAAGGACUCACCGCCCCCAGAACUGCUAGUGAUCGAUCGUACAAAAUCCAACUUGACUCGUGUCGAGGGAGCGAGUGUUGCACACUCAACGACCACUUUGUCGCCGAUGGCCGUCACGCGGAGUCCACCAGCAGCGGCAAUCGCGACGGCGGCGGCGACGACGACGACGGCGACGACGGCAGCGGCGCCGACGGUAGCAGCCACGGCGACAACGACAAUGACGACAAGGCCGAAACCAGCGCUCGCCGCGCCAAGUAAACCCUGCAAAGGCGAGUGCGUUAACACUCUGUUUGCGCUACUCUGCGAGAGCAUCGACUCCGAGGCCGAUUGCGGCGACAAUCACUGCUGCAUCACGACUUCCAAGCAAGACCCGUCUACCACGACUCAACGGCCAACCACUACCAGAGCUCCCGCGCAGAAAUUGCCAGCUUGCCCGGGUUUCUGUCUCAUGAACAUCAUGCUGGCUUUCUGCGAGAAACCCAAUGCCGUCAUCUACAGGACGUCCACCUGCUCGACCGGCCAGUUUUGCUGCGAUAACACCAAGAAUCCUCCGACGAGAAGACCGAAACCGAGACCAACGUCUCCCAGACCAACUACCACGACUGUGCCGUCGUCACCGGAUCCUAGGCCGGAAUGCCGAGGAUCGUGCAUCGUUUCGUACCUCUCCUUCACUUGCUUCAACAACGCCGAAUUGACGAGUAUCUUCAAAUGCAAGAAACCCGGCCACCAGUGUUGCGCGGCCAAGUCGGUGAUUCGCGAAUUCCAGGGACUGCAGAACAAUCACACCAGCGAAUCGUCGCUAAGUAACAGGAACGACAGUGUGUUCGCGGUCACGCCCCAUCCAUCCUUCUCACCACCGACUACCUCUCUCCUCUUCGAGACAACAGCGAUAACGACGACGACAACGACGAUGAAGAGUCCAGUGUACAGCAAGUACGUAUGUGGCGUCAAAGGCACUUCGCGCGCGCCAAUUCAAGCUCGAACUGUCGACCGAGCCGCAAGAGUCGUUGGCGGGGAAGACGCCGACGCGAACGAAUGGUGCUGGCAAGUAGCCCUCAUCAACUCUCUUAAUCAGUAUUUGUGCGGCGGUGCACUAAUCGGUACACAGUGGGUGCUCACCGCUGCGCAUUGCGUUACCAAUAUCGUGCGAUCGGGAGACGCGAUUUACGUCAGGGUCGGUGAUGUCGACCUGACGCGUAAGUACGGCAGUCCCGGCGCGCAAACCCUUAAAGUUGCCACCACCUACAUUCAUCACAAUCACAAUAGUCAAACGCUCGACAACGACAUCGCACUACUCAAACUACAAGGUCAGGCUGAGCUCAAAGACGGUGUGUGUCUUGUUUGCUUGCCCGCCAGAGGUGUCAGUCACACGGCUGGCAAGAGGUGCACUGUCACUGGUUACGGCUACAUGGGCGAGGCUGGCCCGAUUCCGCUCAGAGUACGUGAGGCAGAGAUCCCAAUAGUGAGCGAUGCCGAAUGCAUAAGGAAAGUCAAUGCUGUCACAGAGAAGAUUUUCAUUUUACCGGCGAGCAGCUUUUGCGCCGGCGGCGAACAAGGCAACGACGCCUGCCAGGGAGACGGAGGGGGCCCAUUGGUAUGUCAAGACGAUGGGUUCUACGAACUUGCCGGCUUAGUGUCGUGGGGCUUUGGCUGUGGACGAGUCGACGUCCCAGGUGUCUACGUAAAAGUUUCAGCUUUUAUCGGCUGGAUUAACCAGAUUAUUUCAGUCAACAAUCUGUAACGUACUUUACACCGGCCUUUUGUUCUUGUUUUUAGUUGUUGCAUCUUGACGAUGAAAAUUUACAGUAGUUUGGGAAAAAAAUUCAUUUGACAUAUAUUGUACUGUGAUAUCUCGGUGUACAUUAUACUCUGUUUAUCUUAAUUUAAGGUCAAUACAUCCCGGAUAUCAUGAUUUCAAUAAAUACGAUUAAGGGUAUAAAAAAAUUGUUAAGAUGCGUCAACAAUUGGAAAUCUUUACUGAACUUUUUUUUGCAAAGUUCGUCAUUAUUGGACCUUGUAUAAAUUGUAAUCAUUUAGGCCAAUGAUUAUUCAGAUUAUUUGCGUAAAUUUAGCAUACGUAGACGACAAGUAAAAUUAUUUAUUUAAAUACCGUUUUUCAAUGUUGUAAAAAAAUCAGAUAUUUUUACGAUUUUUUUUUCGUAGAGUUGCAUUUAUA